AUGAAUCCCUUCCAACGCAAUAAAGUCGACAUCAGCAACCUGAACCCGCAAGAGCAACAGCUAUUUGCGAAAUAUGGAAAACUGCCAACACAUAAGAGCGUCCUCAUGAAGAUGCAGAAGGAUCGGAAGUACUUUGAUUCUGGAGAUUACGCUCUUUCAAAGGCCGGAGUUGCUCCCCAAAGCACUGUUGGUACUGCGAUCCCGAAUCCGGAGAAUAUCCCUCAUGCAACUCCGGGGAACGGUCACAACAACGGUGCACACCCUAUUUCGAUUUCGCCCACAAAUUCGACUAGCCCCGUAAAUAAAGAGAGCGGACUGGCAACCAAUGAGAACACAAAUGUUCCGGAUGAAGACCAAACUAGUGUUGAACCCGAGGCCAACGCCGAGUCUACGACCGUCGUCGAAGAGACAACCACAUCCGAGACUGUGGUCGAGGAAAUCAAGGCAGCUGUGUAA